UGAGGGGCUGAGAAGAGAGCAAUUCACACUUGAUUAGCUCCCAGGCUCCUGAAUUGAGCAGAGGAGGCUAGACCGCUGAGCUGCGCACCCCAGAGGCUGCUCUACCCUGGCUCAGACGACCAUGCAGCCUUAUCAACGGCUUCUGGCGCUUGGCUUCCUUCUGUUAACCCUGCCCUGGGGCCAGACAUCCGAGUUUCAAGACUCUGACCUUUUGCAGUUUCUGGGAUUAGAGAAAGCGCCUUCACCUCACAGGUUCCAACCUGUGCCUCGCGUCUUAAGGAAAAUCAUCCGGGCUCGAGAAGCCGCUGCAGCCAGUGGGGCCUCGCAGGACUUAUGCUACGUGAAGGAGCUGGGUGUUCGUGGGAACCUGCUUCAGCUUCUCCCAGACCAGGGUUUUUUCCUUAAUACACAGAAACCUUUCCAAGAUGGCUCCUGUCUCCAGAAGGUCCUCUAUUUUAACUUGUCUGCCAUCAAAGAAAAGGCAAAGUUGACCAUGGCCCAGCUGACUCUAGACUUGGGGCCCAGGUCCUACUAUAACCUGCGACCAGAGCUGGUGGUUGCUCUGUCUGUGGUUCAGGACCGGGGCGUGUGGGGGCGAUCCCACCCUAAGGUGGGCAGAUUGCUUUUUCUGCGGUCUGUCCCUGGGCCUCAAGGUCAGCUCCAGUUCAACCUGCAGGGUGCGCUUAAGGAUUGGAGCAGCAACCGACUGAAGAACUUGGACUUACACUUAGAGAUUCUGGUCAAAGAGGACAGAUACUCCAGGGUAACUGUCCAGCCCGAGAACCCCUGUGACCGGCUGCUCCGCUCUCUCCAUGCCUCGCUGCUGGUGGUAACCCUCAAUCCUAAACACUGUCAUCCUUCUUCCAGAAAAAGGAGGGCGGCCAUCUCUGUCCCCAAGGGUUUCUGUAGGAACUUCUGCCACCGUCAUCAGCUGUUCAUCAACUUCCAGGACCUGGGUUGGCACAAGUGGGUCAUCGCCCCUAAGGGGUUCAUGGCAAAUUACUGUCAUGGAGAGUGCCCCUUCUCAAUGACCACGUAUUUAAAUAGUUCCAAUUAUGCUUUCAUGCAGGCUCUGAUGCAUAUGGCUGACCCCAAGGUCCCCAAGGCUGUCUGUGUCCCCACCAAGCUCUCGCCCAUCUCCAUGCUCUAUCAGGAUAGUGAUAAGAACGUCAUUCUCCGACAUUAUGAAGACAUGGUAGUCGAUGAGUGUGGGUGUGGGUAGUCUCGGGACUAGGCUAGGAGUGUGCUUAGGGUAAAUCCUUUAAUAAAACUACCACCCCACCUUUGGCUUAUGCUCUCUUGAAUCGGACAUGUCUGUCAUCAUGGUUCAUGAGCCCCACAAUUACACACAUUUGUGUAUGACUAUGGACCCCUUGGUGAGCUUACUUAAUUUGUGCUCAUUAUGCAUAGUAGCUGGGCUUCUUGUUCUUGUUUGAAACAAGGUCUUAUUAUACAUCUUUGCUGGCCUUGAACUCAUGGCAAUUCUCUUUCCUCUACCUCCUGUGUGCUGGGAUUACAGCUGUGUGCCACCAGGACCAAAAAAAAAAUUUUUUUUUUUGAAACAGGAAACAUGGUCUCUAUACCAGGCUGUCCUAUAACUAUGUAGACCAGGCUAACCUCAAACGCACAAGAGAUCAAACUGCCUCUGCUUCCUGAAUCCUAGAAUUAAAGGCCUGCCCUGUACCAUAUUAUAUCCAAUUGUAUAUCUUAAGAUUUUAAAAUUAUUUUGAGAAAAUAUAACAUAGAAAAAUUUACGUGAGCUUUAAAAAUGUUCACUUGUUUGUUUUAUGUGUGGGUGCUUGUGUAAGUGCACGGUGUACAUGCAGGAACCCGUGGCGGCCAGAAGAGGGAGUCAGAUCCCCUGAAGUUACAGGUGAUCAUGCGUCUCCUCCAUGUGGAUGCUCAAGUGGGUCCUGCACAAGAGCAGGCAGCGCUCUUACUGCUGAGCCAGUUCUUUUUUCUGUGUAAUCCUGGCAGUCCUGGAACUCACUCCGUAGACCAGGCUGGCCUCGAACUCAGAAAUCUGCCUGCCUCUGCCUCCCAAGUGCUGGGAUUAAAGGUGUGCGCCACCACCGUCUGGCUUCCUGGGGUUUUCUUAAUAAAUUUACUUCAACUGAAUUAUUAC